AGCAGACGUAAAUCGACCGUCGAACCGUUCAACUCUUCAGUGGUGUGUCGCGCUCUCACAAACUGGGAAUUUCCAACUGUGAAUAUAUUCGUGUUUGAAACGCGCGUGUGAGUGUCUGAGUGUGAGCUAGACGAAAGACUCGACUUUCGGUGGCUUUUGCUCAAGCAACGAGCUACAAACAGAGUUUAGCUGGGAAGACAAGAAUCAAGAUCACGCUGUCUGCUUCGAUCACGACCAUAGAACAGGCCAUUCAUUUUGAGCAGCAGCACCACCAUCAUAGAAACACCAAAUCUAACUACAAUUUAUUUUUGCUCUUUUAAUUCCACAAACACCCACUCUACUCCUCCUGUGAAUUCAUCAAAACCGAUUAAAUACUAUUUAUUCAUCGAAAUUGUUAAUUGUUUUCGUUUUUGUUCAACAUUGAUAGUGAAAAUUAAUUUUAAAUUGAGAAAAAAUAAUUAUACAACCAAUUAAAGCAAUAUAUUUUCUUUGGAGUCUGCUUCAAGUGAUUUCCGAUUAAAAAAAAAAAAAAAUAAAUAGAAAAAUUGUGUGCAACGCAAUAAAAAUAUUUACAAUAUAAAUUUUGAUUUUUAAAUAUAUACAAAUGGAUCAUAUCAAUAACAAUUGAAGAGCAAAAAUAAUUUAAUCAAAAAUGCUGCUUUGAAUCAAACCAAAAACUCAACAAAACCAUUAAAAAAAAAACAUUAAGUUUAGUUUCUCACAACACAUUCGAACCGAUCACAACGCUGGAAUAAAUCUCAGUUUUCACACGAACAAACAUGGAAGUACUCGGUGGAUUAAAGGAGCGAUCAUCAAAUGUAUUCAGCAAAUUCGGAGGAUUAGAAAAAUUCGACCAAUUUAGCCAGCCAAAACAUGGAUACGACAAUGUCAACGGCGACAUAGAUUCACCAACGUCAUUCGAUGAAAUCGAACGACCGCCACUACGACACAUCGAUAAAUAUGUUCGUGCGGAAUUUUUUGGCCUGAGCGCACGCUACACCGUCGCGGUCAUGGCUAUGAUGGGUUUUAUCAUUUCAUUCGGUAUGAAAUGUAAUCUGAGUGCGGCCAAACCGGAACGGGAAAAAUUGUACAAUAAAACAUUGAAUCAUACGGGACUGCAAAAUUUACACUGGAAUGCAGCUACAGAGAGUAUGGUCGAUUCAUCAUUCUUUUGGGGCUACCUGAUAACACAGAUUCCAGGUGGUUUUCUCGCGUCAGUUUUUCCAGCCAAUCGUAUUUUUGGUGCAGCCAUUUGUACAUCGGCCCUACUUAAUAUGACGGUGCCGGGUGCAAUGAAAUUAGAAAAUGUCACAAUUUUGCUCAUAAUUCGAGUUAUGCAAGGUUUGGUCGAGGGUGUGGUGUAUCCAGCUUGUCAUGGUAUUUGGCGAUUUUGGGCGCCACCACAAGAGCGAUCACGAUUAGCGACUAUUGCAUUCUGCGGUUCGUAUGCUGGUAUAGUGCUCGGUAUGCCACUUUCGGGAAUUUUGGCACAAUAUAUCAGUUGGCAGGCUCCGUUUUACUUUUAUUCGAUUUGCGGCAUAUUUUGGUAUUGUGGUUGGCUUUGGUUGGUUUUCGAACGGCCAAGAGUACAUCCCACAAUAACGGUCGAAGAAAUGAAGUAUAUUGAAAAAUCACUGGGUGAAAACACAGGCCAUUCAAUGCCCACGAUAUCAUCAACACCAUUCGAAGAAAUUGCCAAAUCAAAACCGGUCUAUGCCAUUGUCGUGGCAAAUUUUUGCCGUUCGUGGAACUUUUAUAUGCUGGUGCUGUAUCAAAGCAAAUUCAUGGAGCGUAAAUUUGGCUACAAUACAUCCGAGGCGGGUACAGUUAGCGCGCUGCCACAUUUGAUAAUGACAUUGAUCGUGCCUUUUGGUGGAGUACUAGCCGAUCGCCUACGCAAAAGUGGCCAAUUGUCAACAACAAAUGUUAGAAAACUAUUCAAUUGCGGUGGAUUCGGUAUGGAAGGAUUAUUCUUUCUGGUAGUUGCCCACGCAACAACAGCGAGUGGUGCAAUGACCGCCUUAACGUUUGGAGUUGCAUUCAGUGGUUUUGCCAUAUCCGGUUACAAUGUGAAUCAUUUAGAUAUUGCACCAAAAUACGCUAGUAUUUUGAUGGGCCUAUCAAAUGGCAUUGGAACAUUAGCUGGCAUAUUUUGUCCGAUCGUGAUAGAUUUUCUAACCAAAGAUGUGGGAAGUGAUGAAUGGUCAGUUGUGUUUACGAUUGCUGCAUUAGUGCAUUUGUUCGGCAUAACAUUCUAUGGGAUUUUCGCAAGCGGAGAAUUGCAACCAUGGGCCGAACAACCCGCACAAGAGCAAACAGUGUGGAGCCCAACCAAAGGCGGUUAUCCAACGGCUGAAACAGCAUUUAAUGAACCUGCUCAGCCAACCACUCAAAUCAAUAUCAAUACGGGUGCGAAUUACGGUGCCACUGGUCACGUGUCGAACAAUCCAUUUGCGUCAAGUGCCGCAUCGAUGGUCGAAGAGCCCGUUCAACCCGAAGCCAGAGAUGUUUAUAUGCAUGGAACACCAGAUGAUAGAUCAUACUAAGUGUAUAUUUAUUGAAAUUCUAUGCAUUUGUUUUCAUUUUGGCCAUAACAAACAGAUUUUAUUUAUUGUUAACAAAUUAUUCUCGUUUUGUAAAUAAGUCUUCGGAAAAAAAACAGAACAACAAAAAACUACUAUAUAUAUAUAAACGUCAGUUUAUCAUGAGCAAAAAAAAAAAACCCAGAGAUUAUUAGUGAAAAUAUAUAUUUAAUGCAAAUUAGACGUUUCUUGAGAUGUAUCUAGUCACAUAUAUUUACUUCAAUUAUAACAUCGGGGAGGAGCGGAAGCAGCAACAUAUGCUCUAAACCCCAAAACAUAUACAUAUAUAUUUAGUUAGGCAUUUUGGAACAAAUACUAAAAUACACACAAACACACCAUUUCACGAGGCAGGUGGCGAGAGAAAAGUGAGGAUUUGUUGACCAUGUUUCGUUCUAAAUGUAAUUUAAACGAUCAAAGAAAACCGUGUCCCAAAAACAACAGUAGGGUAAAUAUACUAUAUAUUAACUUGCACUUGCACUUGCACUGAAUUUGCACAAGCUCUCACCAUUUCAUUUGGACCACUUUUUUUGUUGUAUAACAAGCACCUCAGUCAUUCAUAUCUUAUAUGCACACAUUAUAAUGCAUUUUUCCCUCUCUCGUUAUCAUUGUUAUUUAAUUCACCAGAGAUUUUAUUUGUGUUGUCACUACAGAAUUUCGUUAUUAAAUUCUAUUCAUUGGCAAUGUUCAGUGUUUUGCAUUUGUUUAAAAACGCACAUUUACUAGUAAAUUUAGCUCAUCAAUCAUAAAAAAAGAGGAAGAGAAAGAAGAAAAAGGUGUGUCAACGAGUGACGAAGUGGAGAAAUUCAAUUUUAAGCUAGUGUAAUGUGUACAAAGCUACGUAAUUAUAAGAUUAAUUUUAAAAUUAGGUUAUCAUAAGUUUUCUCUUAAUUUAAUUAACUAUCCAAAGAAAAUCCCUCUUUAUAAUUUCAUCAGUUUGUAAGAAAUUGGCUUCAGUAGCUUUGGUUUCAAAAAAAAAUUAUUGUAAAUCUCAAACGCCUCCCUCAUUUCAUACGUUUCUUUGUAAGUUCUCACUCAAGUCCCUCGAAAUGUUAGGUUAACAUUUCACACGGUGUUUUCAAAGGUUUAUUAUCUCGGGAACUGUUGUCACUUUCGCAUAUGUGCAUUGCACAUGGAUUCGCUACAUCUUCCAACGUCCAGAUUUUUCGGUAGUCUGAAAUUUAGACUCUGAAUAAUAUGUAUGUGUAUAUUAGUAAAUCGCACUUGCCCGCUGUGCUCGAACGCUCAGAAGUUUUAACGUACUGAACAGCGAACCAAGCCAAGUAGGCUCUGUACACUGUUAGCAUAGGUGUCGACACAUUUUUCACGUCGUUUGGAUAUAAUUGCUAGAAAAUUUUACGUCAUCCCAUAUAAAGAAAUGGAAAUUUUCCCAGGAAUAGCGUACAACUUCCUUACACUAACAUAGUGCAAACCAUAUGAAGGCGUACGCUUUUGCAAUCACUGUUAGUGUAUGAAAGGUGUACUCUUUCAAAUGCAUAUGGGAUGGCGUACAUGUUUUUCGUAAUGAUAUUCCAAUGGCCUUUGCUAAGGUGUACAGAGCCCACUUGGGAAAUGUGAACAAUUCUAGCAGGCAUUGAAAAUCCUACUUUUCUUAUAGUUGUUCCGGGGAUCGUCAACGUUUGAAAACCUUGUGCUGGCUAACAUUUGAUGGGCUAAGCAAACUUUUGAGUUCAAAUAAAAUUUGAUUUGUUCUCUCUUCUCUUUAUUUCCGGAUAUUAAAUUGUUUCUUAAAAAAAAAGUCGACCGUUUUCAGUUUUUUCUUUUGGUUUAAUUUGUUGUUUCAUUUGUAAAUAAGCAAAAAAAAAAAUAAAUACCAAAUUAUUUCAACAUGUGUAAAAAAUAAUGAUUAAAAAAACCUACUAUUCAAUUGAAUCGACAUUAUGUCAACAUAGCGAUUAAGUAUAUAAAUAUAUAUUUAAAGUAAAAAAAGACACACAAAUAAUCCGUUAGUUUAGCGUGAAAGAAUCAUUGUUCACUUUAUGACGAACGAACCCGUAAUGCAAAGUAACAGAAACACAAAACCAUGUACAUAUAGCGAAUGAAAAAUCAAUUGGCGGUAAAUAGUGACGAUAUGACAAUAAAUAAAUCUAUCGACUGAUGCACAUGCCGUAUAUGGAUGUGAGUUUAGGCAUAGACACAUAUUUAGCGUGUAAAAUUUUAAUUUUUAAGUAAAACAAACAUCUUUUUUCGGUUUAUUCUGAAUUUUUCAAAUGUGUUGAUAUUUUUCUCAAUCUAAGUGGGUUUCAAUGUUGAGCCUGCAUUUGUGGCGAAAGUCAUUGUUUUUUUUUUUUGGUCUCUCAUGCAAAUCUUAACUGAGCAUUUACUUUUAGUUAGUUCGAACAAGAGAUUGGUCGGGAAUGUGGAAUCAUAGAUUUAAGUAGCGCACAAUAUGGGUAUACCUUUAACUCUAGGCUAGAUAAGAAACUCGCGCGUGUGUGUGUUUGAAUCAGCUCUUCUGCCUUUUUUAGUUAAAUAUACAGUCGCGCUUUCAAAUCUGAAUGCGAUUCAAUUUUAUGAGAUUCGAACAUAUCGAUAUUGUCGGAAUUUAUGAGUUGAUCGUAUUUGGACUAGCAACACUGGUAUUUUUAUCAUUUCGAAGUUGAAACUUGAUUUAAAGUACAUAAUUAUUAUUGAUAUUAAUUUUGUUCGUUGGUUUGUGAAAUAUUAGGAUCGAUUUCGCUUAGUCAUUCUCAAGGCUCAAAAAUACAAUUCCAAAGAAAUCUCAAUACAGCAAUCAUAAAAUAUUGUCGCAAUCUUGCAUUGAUUAAAUUAUGAUUUGUGCAUGUAUAUUCAGUGAACAAAAUUCAAAAAGAAAUAAAUACUCGAUAGCAUCGAUUCAGAUAUAUGUCAGAUGUUCAUCUCGUCAUGGUCAUUCAUGUAAUCAUAAGAUUAGGCUAAUUAAUGAGUUAGUUAGCUAUAGUGUCAUCGUAUAAGAUUAAGAAAUAUUUAGUUUGUUUAAGGGAUUAUUAAACUUAUUAUUUUUUGGGAGAACUCACUCUCAAAGGCUGUGUCGACAAUAAAAAUCGCAUGAAGCGCAAUAAUGAAGUAGAAAUGCAUUCGAAAUAUUCGGAUAUGCAUUGCAUGCAUGAUAUGAGUAGUAAAUUGAAACCAUUACCAAUAUAGUUCCGAAAUACUUUUGACAAGUUAGCAUUUAAGAUUAAAUGCGAUGUAUUUUAAUGUGUAUGGCAUUUUUUUCUUCGGUUUGAUGCCUAACAGUGGCACACAUCGAGUACGGAAGAUGCUUUUUCUUGUAAACUUUUAAUUGAUUUUCAAGUAUCUCAAUAAGAGACAGCAACAACAAAAAAAAAAAACACGAAGCAAUAGAUUAACAUACUUUCGAAUACUCUAUUACAUAAACCCAGAAUAUAAAAUAUGUGCAUCUUGUGUGCUCGAUGUGUGUAUGCGUUAGUGAGGGCACACAUUAUUCAAACGAAAUUUGUACUAUAUAAGGUUAAAAUGUUGUGCAAAACGGUACUAGAACCGCUCACAUACAUGCUACCUUACAAUUGCUGAUUUAUGACAAUAAAAACAACAAAUAGAUAAAUUUAAUCGUAAAAUAAUUUGAGUGAAUAAUCAAAUUAUAUGUCCGAUAGAUAUUAAAUAUAUUAUGCUUAGCAGGGAGGGGCAUUGCUCGUACGUCACAAAGAACAACGUAUUUUUCUUAGUCUAGCGGAUGAAUUGUGUAUGUCAGAAAACACAUCUUCAAUAUUCCGGAUAAAUUUUUGAGAAUUCGGACAUAUUUUUGUCUAAAUUGAUCCCAAAUUCUCAAAAAUUUAUCCGGAAUGUUGAAUCAAUCAUUAAGCCACUAUCAAUAUUAUUGACGGUUUGGCAAAAAUGAAUUUUCGUUCCAAAUAAAAAUUGUCCGCUGCACUGAGAAAAGAGCGUUGUUUAGUUUUCCAUUAGGACGGCUUGCCAGAACAUUCUCCUCAACACUUAGAUUGUACAUUUAGGAGGAUAGUUUGAAUUUUUUCUGUUUUUGAAAUACGUUUCAUUCUGAUAUAUUCUUAAACUUCGAUGUCACUGUCUAUUUCCGCAAUAUGUGGUGGUGGUAGUGGACUUUCACAGGGAGCCCGUCAAAUCAACCACAUUUUAACCCACUCAAAUCACGUUUUUCGGUUUUCAGUUACAGUAUUUUCCUAAUAAUAUUCAAUGUGUAAUUGAUAAACAUGUAAAGUACUCGUGUUUGAAGUCAAGCCCUAACAAAGUCAAGUCCUUAAUUGCAUCAUUUCGUCGAAUUGUGAUAUGCAUGCUUGGAAAUGUGAAAAUGGCAUGAAUUUUCUUUCAUAUUCUAUAUAGAUAAUUACGUGUGCACAUUUAUUCUGAUUUACAUAUAUACAAACACUACUAUUUUUCUUCUAUUCAUGCACUACACUACUCAGCGACGCACGUCACCAGUUGAUCGGCUGGUAUACAGCACAUUUCACCAUUUGCUACUUCGGUCAUACAUUCGUUCAUGCGAAUCAAAGCAAACUGUGGCUCGUGUGUAGGGUUUACCAGUUACAACAUGUGUGCGAAGCGGUCGAAUUUUUGCGAUGUGAAUUGUCGUCUUAAUUCGCGCCUUAUGUACACACGUUCUAUAUAUGACCGAAGUCGUAACUGGUGAAAUGUGCUGUGUACCAGCCAAAAUUCUGGUAACGCGCAUCGCUGAGUAAAGGCACUAAUUUCCAGCCUCACGAUUGCAAUCGUAUACGAUCGUGGGCCUUGGAAAUGGUGUCUUAACAAAAAAAAAAAGUGGAUUUUUUAUUCCAAUAUUUGGAAAUUUAGAAAGGAAGCUUAGAAUGAAAAUGCCGACUUUUCAGUUGUGUUUCAAAAAAUCGGAAUAAAAAUCCCGCUUUUUUUUCAUGAGCACCAAUUUUAUUAAGUUCCAAUCGAUGUAAUUCUAUUGUCUAAUUUUCGAAGUUCGAUUGCAUUUCAUUUCUUUAGUUUGUAAAUUUGUAUUGAACAUUUGACUCCCUGCCAAUUAGAAAUUUAAUGAAUGGAAGCUCUGCAGCUUUCUAUCGGUGUAAAUGGUUUGAAUCGAGGCAACUUACUUUUGAGCACGUUAUUUAGUUUGCACUUAAUGAAUUCACAUCAAAUUUAGUUAAUAAUUCUAUACUUCUAUUCAAAUGAAACAACCUUUAGCUAAUAAGAUGAUAUAAUCUCGAAUUGCUGUGGGCAAUGAUGCUUGGAAUACGAACUAAUUGUGAAAGACCUUGUUGUCAAUCCAAAAAAUUAGUUCCUCGUUUUAAUCAACAUUGCAUUAUUGUUCUUAUCAAUUGAAACUAAUUGCAUAGUAAAACUUAUUAUUCAAGAACUGAGAGAGAGUAAAUUAAGAUCUCGUUCGAUAAGAAAAUGAGAAAAAAAAAACCUUAAUAAUCCGAAACCAUUACCUAAACUGAAAAUCGAAAUUGCUGGAAAAAAAAGAACACACACAAAAACAUAUUUACGAUUCUUAACAAUUAAAUCGUUGUUAAAUGUUUAUAGAUAUAGAUAAAUUGAAACAUGGACGCAAACAUGGUCAAAUGAUGGGAAUAUAAUCGAACAAUUCAACACACCGCCAAUCGGUUCAUUUGCAAUGCUGUAUUUAGUAUGAAAUUGAUUUUUAUUGUGAAUAAUCGUA